AACAAUAAUAAUUUAUAUUGCGAUUUCAUAAUUAGUGAUUAGGAACUAUAAAAAUGUUUCACGAAUUACUGUUUGCUUUGCAUGGAUUCACUGGAAAUAUUUUUGUCUUAGAAGGUAGAAGGAUAUGUGUUUUAAAAGAUAUUUCUUUCCUGCAUCCUGGAGAGGUAGAAGUCCUUAAUAGACUUUGUUUGCUGGGAACCAGCUACAAAUAUUUGCAAGACUUCAUUUAUUCUCCAACAGAAGGAUCCCAAGGACUAUAUUUGCAGGCAUACUGUACAGGACUGAAUAAAGUUAUGAAUUCUUACACCCAGUGUCUUGUGGAGCUAGAGAAGGAAGUCAUGACUGAUCAGCAUAUUUCUCUCUCACACUUUCAACAUCAACUAGACAAAUAUCAUCUAGUGUUUCCUGCUUUGGAGCAACUAACUGAACACAUCAAGAAACAAAAGGUUUCUGGUUGUCGCAUCCUUGAUGCAGUUUAUAAAUAUACCUCCUCUGGCAUUCCUCUGGUGAAAGAAGCUGCUUCAAAAAUCUUGAAAAGUUGCCACCAUAUUUUGUACAAACAGCUGACUGCUUGGAUGUUACAUGGAAUUCUGUUGGAUCCAUCCAAAGAAUUUUUUAUCCAGAAGAGAGAGACUGUAGAACCAGAGAUUAGUAAAGAGUUAACUGUGUCAAGUGAGAGACGGUCCCUUGAUGUAUAUUUCCUUAAUCCUGACCUCUUGCCAUCUUACAUUUUAAGUCGAGUUGCAGAGAAGAUUCUGUUUGCAGGCCAUUCAGUAUGUUGCUUUGGAAAGGAUCAGACUGGUAGCUCUACAUAUUUAGGUGUAACAACAUGUGGGCAGGAAGACUAUUUUGCUCAACAGUUGUUUGCUCUUCAAGAUAAAAGCUUCUGUUCACUUGAAUUUGAAGAGGUUAUUGACCAGAUAAGAACCAGUGCAUCAGAGCAUGUGUGGAAGGUCAUUGUGGAACAAGCUAAUUUAGUGGUUCACCUUCGAACAGUCAAAGAUUUCUACCUUAUUGGAAGAGGAGAACUUUUUCAAGCAUUUAUAGAUCAAGCUAACCAUUUACUCAGAGUUCCUCCUGGCCCUGCUACUGAGCAUGAGGUGAAUAUUGCUUUUCAGUCAUCAGCUCACCAACUUUUCAUGGAUGGUGAUCAAGUCACAAGAAAAAUUUAUGUCACAUUGAAAUCUGGAGAGAAUAUGAUCUCCUCACAUUGCCCAACUUCCUCCUGAACGUGUUCAAGCUUACAAGGACUUCUAUCGCCUGUUUCCAACUCCUGAAUUUGCCAUGCCUUCCAUACAUUUCCUGAGGAUUUGCUUCAGCCUUCCACAUUUUUUUCAGACUUUAUCUCUCAGGUAUGUGAUAUUUUAUCCCUCUUCCCUACUUCUUAUGACCUAUUUCCUUCCUUACUGCAUGAACAUUCUUCCCAACCCUAUUUGGUUUUUCUCCUUUCCCCUGACAUUCGGAUCCAUGCUGAACAAUUUGCCUCCCAGUUAAACGAUAACAUUAGCGUGCCUAAUAUCCCAUGGGCUUCGGAUCAGUCUUCUCUCACUUAUCAUCGUGCAGACUGUCCUUAUCUUGACCAGCAACUCUUGGGUUCUGUUUUAUCCAUUUGGGGGGAGGGCCCCAAAUCUCCUAUUAGUUUAACCCUUGCCCAAUUUUCCUGCCUAUGUCUUACUGUCACGACUCUUUUGCAGUAUCUAUCCACUAUUCAUCUCCUAUAUGAGGCUCUUCACAGAAAUUGUGAGGGGUUUUCUGGGGAAAUCCUCUCCCUCCUUACCUGCACAUUGGCUCAUUUGUCAUCUUCAGCUCUGUUGUUGGGACCUUCUGGGCCAAGAUGCUGACUUAUUGAGGGCCUGUUUAUCUACACCUUAUCUCUGAGAUUUACAUAUGGCCCUGUUUUUAUGGUGUUUCAUCUUUGAUAUGAUCUCGGGUGACAUCAGUCCAACAACAGUAUACCCUUUCCCAUCUGGUAGCCCGUAUGUCUCAGUUGGAGCCAAGUGUGGCACCCAUUAUGGUUUCUUAUCCUUCCACUUCCCAACCCUUACCUGUCCCCCCUUCUCGAAAUAUCACAGCUCGUUGUUUACCUCAAGGACUCUUGUUACGUUGCCGACAGUACCGGUUACAACCCGGUGGGACCUGGUCCAGUGGGAGCUCGAUUUGUGACCUUUCUCCAUCAAUGGCACCAUCAGUGAUGUUUGGGGUUCUUCAAGUUUUUUGGAAGAAUUCGAGAUCCCAUUUCUUGCCACACCUUCCUUGUCUCCUAUACUCGUUUCCUUCCCUCUACUUCAGGAUACCAUUGUUUGUCAGCAUCUGUCAGGCAGUUCAGAACCUCCUCACUCAACAGGCUAUCGAACCUGUUCCCCAUCACUCACCGGGGUUUUUUACUCCCAAAUAUUUGUUGUUCCAAAGAAAACUGGGGAUUGGAGGCCUGUCAUCGAUUUGUCCUGCCUCAAUCGCUUUGUUCACCUUCCCGAUUUCACCAUUCCAAGUUUAUGGAUGACCAAGAUGGACAUCACCAAUGCAUACCUGCAUAUUCCAGUCUCAACAAGGUCUCAUCCAUAUCUUCAGUUCAUCCAUCGGUGGUGUAUCAGUUUCACACCCUACCCUUUGGGCUUGCUUCUGGAUGACUGACUUCUUCUGGCCUAUUCAGGUCAUUGGUGUGUCAACGAGCAGUCUUUACAUAUCGACAUCCUCGAGCUUCUAGCCAUCUAUUGGGCUUUGGAUUACUUCUCAAAUACCACCCAUGAUGUCAACCCAUUGUUGGCCAGACAAUGGCAAAAAUAUCAGGCCAGCAUUGGAUACCAAAAUAGGUCUGGCAUCAAACUGUACAGUGGGCCAAUAUUGGCCUGACUCCUUUGGUCGUACGUCAGCAGGUGAUUCUAUGCUGAUUUUCGUUUAAUAUAGGUUCUAUAUAUAUUGGUUAUAGAAUAUAAACAUAUUUUCAUUUUAUACUAUGAAAUAUCUUGUAUAUGACUGGAUUAACAUUUCAAAUAUAUUUUGUUUUUAAUUUAUGUGAAUGAUUAAUGAUUUUCAUUACAACCAAUACUUUUCAGUUAUAUUUAUGUAAAGAAUAUUUUUGAUAUUGACAGGUACGUUGAAUGCUAUAAUAUUUUUCCCCCCUUUUAAAUCUUCCAACACAUUUUAAUUUUUGGACCAAAUAAAAGAAAUUUAGUAAUGCAUCUCUUUAAUAGGAAUGUGCUGCUUCAUUUUAACUCAAAUUUAAUUUAUACCUACAACAAUUCUCAACAUUAGAAAUGUUAGUAUAAUAUGUGAAUGCAUAACUAAUUUGUAUUUAAAAUUUUAACAAUCAAAA